AUGGAUGGAUUUAGCCUAGCGAAAGAGCUAAUAGGAAAAUCCAACUCAGAAGAGGACAACUUUCUAAAAUGCUUGAAGCGCUCAAGCAAGAAAAUAAGCCUCAAAAACGCCACUCAGCUGGGGAAAUAUCUGUACAUAACCACAGAUGCGGAGCUGGUCUCGCUCGCUGUUGUUAAGAGAAGGGUGCAGGAGGGAGUUGCGCGCGGCGUGAUAGAAAGCGACGGCCUGCGCAUCUAUGUUUUUACAAAUGAGUAG